CAUUACUGUACAACUGGAGGGGCAAAGGAUCUCCCCUCAUAUAGUAUAGUAUACAGCCAAUUACAAUCCCUGUCUAAGGUAUCUCAGCCUUGAGGGCAUAGAUCCCAUACUCUUUCAGUCUCGAUUCUUCCCUUCGAAGCUCAACAUUAAGAUCAUUUAGUGGAGGAGUUGGUUGCUGAAAUCAAGCUCUGAUCCCUCAACGCCUCAGAGUUGAAAACUCAAAAGUCCAGCCCAGCCAAGCCAAGAAUAAACCACGACGUUCCCGGAAACGACUGCAUAACAAAACCAGCAACUGAGAGACGGCGGGAAAAAUCAUGACAAGCCAGGCGUCGACGCAAACGCCUCUUCCCCGCGUUUCUAUCCAGUUUUGCACGCAGUGUAAAUGGAUGUUACGAGCUGCCUAUUAUGCUCAAGAACUCCUCUCCACAUUCUCAACAGGUCUCGGUGAAGUUGCUCUUCAGCCUUCUACAGGCGGGACUUUCAUCGUGACUAUCACGCAUCAAGCCCCCGGUGCAGAGAUUGCUUCUACAAAAACCCUCUGGGAUCGACGGGAAGAUGGAGGCUUUCCUGAGACGAAGGAGCUUAAGAGGAGGGUGAGAGAUGUUAUUGAACCAGGAAGAGAUCUAGGCCAUGUUGAUAGGGAUCAUGGGAAGAAGAAGGAGGAGAGUAAGAAGGAUGAGACAGCGAAAGACAAGCCAGUUGAGGCGGAGAAAUGUGACGAUUGUCAGUAG